AAACAAUUCCUCCAGGAUGUCUCAGUCAGAUUACUAUGGCGGUUAUAACAACACUCCAACAUCCCAACAAGCCGCCUUCAACCCCACACCAAUGCCCCCAGGAAUGCCACCAAUGCCUCCUGGCUCUAUAAGUGGGAUGCCGGCAUUUCCACCUGGUUUUCCAUUGCCUCCACCACCUAUGGCAGGGUCACAGCAGCCAGCAGCGGGGGGUAAUCAGUACGGGGCUUCUCAGCCGGACCAGCAAUUCAAUCAACAGAGUCAGUACCAGCAGCAGCCUCCGAGCAAACCUAGCUUCGGACAACAGAACAAUUCCAAUGCCCCGAGUCAGCAGGAGAUUGAUUUUGCUGCAGCUUCUAAGAAUGAAAACAGAGAUGUUAUUGAAAAUCAAAUAUUCAUUACUAAUCUAAAUACAAAUGCGCCGCCCACUCAGGACGAUCUGAAGGAGCGUUUUGGAAGUAUCGGUAUUAUUAAGAUGGAUAAGAAAACUCGCACACCGAGGAUCAAGGUAUGGCCAGAGAAAGGAUGUGCGAGUGUAACAUACGAGGACCCCAGCGCAGCAAGUGCGGCAAUCUCCUGGUUUAGCGGGAAAGACUUUGCAGGUUCAGUGAUAACAGUGGAGCUAGCAACUAAAUCUGAGGAGUGGAGUGGGGGCAGACGGGGAGAGCGUUCAGGAGGACGGGGAGGGGGACGAGGUGGAGGUGGCUUCGGAGGAGGAGACCGUGGCAGUAGAGGUGGUGGCAGAGACUUUGAGCGAGGAGGUGGUAGAGACAGGUCACCAAGACGCAGGUCUCGUUCUCGAUCUCCUAACCGAGGUGGUGGCGGACAGAAGGAGGGUGACUGGUCGUGUGCGGAAUGUAGCAACAGCAACUUUGCACGCAGAACGGAAUGUAACAGAUGCAAGGCUCCAAAACCUGGUGGUGGAUACGGUGGAGGAGAACGACGAGGCAGUGAUAGAGGGGGCUAUGAAAGGAGAGACAGAGACAGGAGAGACGAUAGAAGGGAUGAUCGCCGGGGUGGUGAUCGUCGGGACGACAGAAGGGGGGACGACAGGAGAAGUGGUGGGUUCGGAGGUCGGGGAGGAGGGCGUGGUGGUGGCAACGUGCGUGACGGUGACUGGCCUUGUCCCAAGUGCGGGGUAAACAACUUCGCCAGUCGGUCAGAGUGUUUCAAAUGUCAUGCCUCCAAAGAGUGUGUUGUGGGUAUGAUCUCGGAUAACCCUGAGGUGCAGGUGGUGGAUGAUGGUGUUAAAGCUGGUUCCAACUGGGACUGUUCUAACUGUGGGUUCAGUAACCUGGAGGAUAGAUCCAGGUGCAAGGAGUGCUCUCUUCCUGGCAGUACCUGUGUAGUUACUGUAGAGCAGCCACCCAGCCUGCACAAGCGAAAGCACCCUACCCUAAUUGAAGGCGACCAGAGCACCUGGAAGUGCGAUACUUGCGCUCACAGGAACUUUGCGAGUGCGAGUGAGUGCUUCAAGUGCAAGACUUCGCAGGAGGUGCAGCUGAAGCGCAAGAAAGAGAACCCCAACAACUGGACCUGUACCGAGUGCAGGAACAGUAACUGGCCCCACAGGACCGUAUGUAACCGCUGCUCAGCGCCCAAGUCUGGCUACGAGAACCAGAUAAACAGGAACGGAGGUGGCGAUGCGGACUGGACCUGUCUGAACUGCGACAACAUCAACCGACCCUUCCGACAGGAGUGCAACAAGUGCAAAAUGAGCAAACAAGAGGCAGUUGACCCACGCACCCAGCAUGGGAGGACCAAUCAGGAUUGGUUGUGUAUGAGCUGUGGAAACAGCAACUACCCGUACAGAAUAGCCUGCAACAAGUGCAAGUUACCCAAGCAGCAAGCCAUGACUGCUACCAGAUCUUUUGAUAGUGAUAAGCCGGAAAACUGGCUGUGUUUUAACUGUGAUAACGUGAACCUGCCUUUCCGUACGGAGUGCAACAAAUGCAAGCUGGAGAAAAAGGAAGCGAUUAACCCGGAGACUGCCUUCAAGCGAACAAACAGGGACUGGAAGUGCACCGUAUGUGAGAACGUUAACUUUUACUACCGAGUCUUCUGUAACAAGUGUCAGCUACCUAAAAGUGAGAUUGGAGAAGAGAUGGGACGGGGUGGGGACAGUGAAGGAGUGAAAUGUAACAACUACACUUCCUACGGGGGAAUACCCCACACUGGAGGUCCCAACCCUGCAGUGCCCCACACGGGAGUAGCCCACACUGGAGUUCACAACCCUGCAGUGCCCCACUCAGCAGUGCCCCUCCCCUCAGAGCUGCGCGGUGUCCCCACGGAACCCAUAGAGCAAGCUGCUGCACAGAUGUUCCAAGAGCAGGUCCAGAAGGGAACAGUUCCCGCCAGUGCAGCUAGCUUUACCAUGGAGCACGAUAUUGUCAACAACAGAACAGACAACUGGACCUGCUAUAACUGUGAUAACCUCAACUAUCCUCUCAGAACUCAGUGUAAUAAGUGUAGUAUGUCAAAAGCAGAAGCGGUGGCGCCAGAGACGCGCGCAGGACGCUUAGCCUCAGGGGACACGCAGUGGCAGUGCGCCGGGUGCGGCAACAACAACUAUCACUUCAGAUUGGCGUGCAACAAGUGCAAGGCCGAUCGUCCGCCCAGAAACGCAAGUGAGCUGUACACCUGCAGCGAUCAGGCCUACAGUGGUGGGUAUCCUGUACAGCAAUACGACUCUUCUUACAACACAGGGGGGUCUGUUGCCCGGACAACUAAUGCGCCAACUUCAAACUGGAUCUGUAGUGAUUGUGAGAAUGUCAACUGGCCUAAACGGACCAAAUGUAAUAAGUGUGGUGUGGAAAAGAGCGCUCAGAAUCCCAAUUGGCUAUGUGCUUACUGUAAACACAUCAACUAUUCCUUUGUUUCUCACUGUAACAGUUGCAAAGCUGCUAAAGAUAGCUGAUGGUAACCUUGUUGCUCUGGUAACACACUUGUUGCUCCAUUCCAUGAUAUUUUCUGUCUCGUAUAGGUCGGCUGCUGUGGUAAGGUAAACAUCCGAGGUUCUGUUACUAAGGUAAAAUAACCUAGUUUCGGUUACUAUAUUUGCUUACCUUAAUUUGUACAUGGGUAUUUGACCAAGUUGUCUGUUUGUUGGUUUUGCAUUUUAUAAACAUAUAAUUAUACUUUAUUGUGUGCUUUUGUUUAUAUGUAUUUUUAAAUUCGCUGUAAAUUUUGCAUUUUAAGCGAAUAAUGUUAGAUAUUGAUUAGCCUAGGAUAUAUAUAUUUUGGAAAUUUAUCUGUGGUUUUCAAUGUGAUCCCUUAAAAUAGGGCUUGUGGAAGUUUUUAGAUCUGUCUGUAAAAUUGAGGGUAAGAUGGUUUGUCAGUGUUAGUAUAGAAAAUGUUGUGUCAGUUUACCCAGUUUUCUAUUUGUGAUUGUGAUAAUAUGAAAAUAGUGCUUACUGUAAAGCAUCUCCACUCCGAUCCAUAGCUAAUUUUUACCUUUUUCUCGGCAUUUUGUAGAGAAAAACUGUCUGGAGCUAAGAUUAAAGUGGAAAUGUGUCGGGUGCUAAGAUUAAAGCGGAAAUGUGCUGUGUUGGGUCUGUUAGUUUGAACUGGAA